AUAGAUAACAUGACGUCACAAAAUGGAGUCUAGAUGGAAGUGAAACUUUAUUAUGAAUAAAAAAAUUGGUGUUAUAAAGCUCUUUUAAUGUAAUGAACGCCAAAAUUUACUGGAUUAUAAACUAGAUAUAUUUUUCUUUCUAUGUGACAAGAUGGCAUCACUAAAUAAUGUGCCGAAAGACAUCCUCGAAAGCAUGCGAGGAUGUAUAGACAGAAGGGUCAAGCUAUCAAUAAAACGCCUUGUCCACUAUUGUGUAAAAAAGGACAAAAUAGAAAAAAGAGUUUUGGCAUUUUCUGCACACAGAUUGUAUGUGUUUACAGCCAAAUCAGCUAAAGAUGUUAAGAAAGAAUUCGAGUUUCAUUACCUUGAUAUUAAAGCCAUAGAAAGCAAGAGACCAAAUCAGCUUGUGAUAACUACCUCAUUAAUGAACAACAAAUCGUUCACGUUCACCACCCUGGAGGCCGAUACGGACGAAGUUGAUCAUAUGAUCACACAUAUAGGAACUUCUCUCAAAACUGUCUUUCCUGCAUACCCAUUAGAAAGGUUGAUAAAGACCAUAGAAGUACAGCCGCCAUCGAGACUAAAUCUGAUGAACGAUCUGAUACAUACCAUUGAACAGAAGGAAACUGGUCCAUGUGGUGGCUAUACCCUCAUGUACUCCUGUAUGUGUGACUUCCAUUACCUUCCAUACAGGGAUGAAGUGGCCUGGGAUGUAGACACUAUAUACCUGUCACAAGACUCCCGAGAAUUAUGUCUUAGAGAUUUUGACCAUUUGAAAGAAAGGGAUUUAAUACCAAUUGUUUCGGCACUUGUUCACAAUACAUGGUUUACAAGUCUGAAUGCAAAUAAUGUAAAACUGAAUUCAGAUGUUUGCACUGAAGUCCUUCGUGUCAUGAAAAAGAAUUCUGUGAUAGAAGCCUUGUUGCUUAGCAACACCGGUAUUACAACAGAUUUCAUCAAGAAACUGUCAACUAUUUCUAUGUCUGAUACACAGCUACACAAACUUGAUCUAUCCAAUAAUCCAAUAGAAGAUGAAGGUGCAGAGCAUAUAUUUGGUGCAUUGAGUAGCCGUGGACGAAGAGUGACAUGGUUAGACUUGUCAAAAACUCGAAUCACUUCUAAAGGUUUGAACAAAAUAUCCGAGUUAAUGAGUAGAAGCCCACAUGUGUUCAAUACCUUACAGACCCUGGUACUGGCAGGUGUUACGUCUGGCAACAAGCCUGAUGAUCUACAGAACCUUUAUGCAUUUUUGGCAUCACCAAACAUGUUAAGUCAUCUAGACCUGUCAGGCACUGAUGUAGAACUUGAUAAGUUAAUGUCACCUUUACAAAGAGGUUGUAGUCAGAAUAUAACAGAGCUGAAGUUAGCAAGGACAACAUUCUCUAACAAGAAGAGUAAAGAUAUUGUUGUACAGGCAUCAUUCAAACAGUUCUUUGCCUCUGUGUAUGCCCUCAAACAUAUAGAUCUGUCAGGAGCAAAAUUACCAGCAGAUGCUAUCAAGGACCUACUGCUGGGGAUUAGCUCAAACAGAAAUAUUCAAGAUGUUCAUUUAGACAUCAGUGGUAUGGAAUUACCAGGUCAGGCCGCCCAGUACUUACAAAAUUGUUUGACCAAGAAUAUCUCCAGCUUAAAUAUGAGCAAUAUUGGAUUUACAGACACUGAUCUCCUCUUUGUGCUGAACAGUAUUGGCACCACAAAACAAGUGCGCCAACUCUCCAUGGGAGGGGUCUUCAGAAAUAUCAAACCAAAAGAAAUUGUUUGUGUUGUAGAGACAUUGUUUGUGUUGAAGAGACAUUGUUUGUCAUGUAGAGACAUUAGACAUUGUUUGUGUAGUAGAGAGACUGUUUGUGUUGUAGAGACAUUGUUUAUGUUGAAGAGGCAUUGUUUGUUAUGUAGAGACAUUGUUUAUGUUGUAGAGGCAUUGUUUGUGAUAGACAUUGUUUGUGUUGUAGAGGCAUUGUUUUGUGAUGUAGAGACAUUGUUUGUGAUAGACAUUGUUUGUGAUGUAGAGACAUUUGUUUGUGUUGUAGAGGCAUUGUUUGUGAUGUAG